AUUUAUAUUUUGAAUUUUCAGAAAAAAACACAAAAAAUGAAUCAACCAUCUUCACUGGGACUCACAGAUUCUCGCCCGAAAACUAAUGUUCGGCUAACUAUUUCUGCAAGUAACCUUAUGGACCUUGACGUGUUCUCAAAAAGUGAUCCAAUUUGUAUAAUCUACGAAAAGACAAGUGGAAGAAAAGCCACAACGACAGAUCCAAUUGCUGUGGUCACGUGGCAAGACCGUCAGUGGACUGAACGAGGACGAACUGAAAUUAUAUGGAAUGACUUGAAUCCACAGUUCAAAACGACUUUUCUGAUUCCAUAUUUUUUCGAAGAAACUCAACUUUUCCGCUUUGAGCUAUAUGAUGUGGAUAGUCCAAAAGUUGGUGCCGAUAUGUCUGGACACGACUUUUUGGGGCGAUUCGAAUGUGUGCUCGCCCAGAUUGUGAGCUACUCAACACUAAGAGCACAUCUUGGAGGAAAGCAUAGUAUUGGAGCUCAAUGGAAGAACAAAGAUAAAGUUUCAAAGAAUGGCUCAAUAACUAUCCGCGCGGAAGAAGACGAGAAAAAUGAAAAGAUUCAAUUUGAUGUUUGUGGUGAAAAACUUGAUAGAAAAGAUUUCUUUGGAAAAUCUGAUCCAUAUCUGAACUUCAAGAGAAGAUUUGAUGAUGGUAGUUCACAUAUGAUUCAUCAAACAGAAGUUAAACCAAAAACCUUGAAUCCACGGUGGUCAACAGUAUUGAUUAGUACACAGGCAUUAUGUGGAAAGAAUAUGGAUAGACCAAUCAUUAUCGAGUGCUAUGAUCAUGAAAAAUUUAAGAAACAAGAUGAUAUUAUUGGAACUGCACAAACUACAUUGAACACAUUGAUUGAACAGGCUGGAGGUGGAGAAUCUACUCAAAUUCCGCUGAUUAAUGAAAAAAAGAAGUUAAAGAAAGGUGCCAAAUACAAGAAUUCUGGAAUGCUGAAAAUUUGGAAUGCCAAACUUGUUUUGGAGCCCACUUUUCUCGAUUUUAUCGCAGGAGGAACUCAACUUGAUUUCGCAGUAGCAGUUGACUUUACUGCUUCUAAUGGAAAUCCCCGAACACCUGGAUCUUUGCAUUACAUGGCUACCGGAAUACCAAAUCAAUACGAAAUUGCACUUCGAUCCGUAUUAACCAUCUGCCAACAUUAUAACUCUUCGAAAACAUUUGAAGCUUAUGGUUUUGGAGCAAAGCUGCCUAACCAUCAAACAGUUUCCGCAGUUUUUCCAUUGGAUCUCAAUCGACAAAGUUCAUCAGUUGUUGGAAUAAAUGGAGUGAUGAAUGCAUAUCGACAUGCUCUUCAAAAUGUCACACUUUACGGACCAACUAAUUUUUCACCGAUUAUAGUGGAAGUCGCAAAUAAAGCACAAAAAAUGAUGAAGACUACUGCAAGAUAUCAAAUCUUGCUCAUUAUCACUGAUGGUAUCAUAUCAGAUAUGUACGCUACAAUCAACACAGUUAUUAAUGCGUCCGGGCUUCCACUUUCAAUUAUAAUUAUCGGUGUUGGAAAUGAGGAUUUUGAACGAAUGCAUGAAUUGGAUAGUGAUGACGCACUUCUUCAACAAGAUUCAAGAAUCGCUGAAAGAGAUAUUGUACAAUUUGUGACAAUGCGUGAUUUCUUGGGAAAUCAAUCUGGUGGCUACCUGAAUACAGACACCAUUAUGGAAAAUCUGGCUCGUGAAGUUCUUUAUGAAGUUCCUGAUCAAUUAACGGGAUAUAUGAAGCGACGAGGUUUCACUCCAAAGUCUCGUGACGAUCCAUGGCAAAGAGACUCUCCGCCAGACGAAUAUGAUCCUAUCAUGGAUAAUAUUCUUUCUUCAACUCAAGCAUCUUCACCAACUGGAGUUUAUCCAACGAUCCAACACUUACAAGCUACGGCGCCACCCAUAAAUUCAUAUGUAUAGCAUUUAAUUAUUAUUAUUAACUUAAUUAUUAAAUUGAACGAAAAAAGAGUAAAUAUUUGUUGAUUUGUUUGUAAGAAAUUGAAUAAAGUUUGAACGGGUUU